CUCGCACGUUGAGAGACCGCUUUGCGUUCCAUAGGGUUCCCCAGCCUGCAUCUCACCAUCUCCUUCACUGACCCUCACGGUCUUCGCCGGUGACGACGACUAAGCGAUCAACACGGAGCACUUCAUCUGCCACAGAUGGGAUACCUCCAGGAAUGACUCUUGACAAACACUCUGAACAUGCACCCUUCUCACCUCCCCCCCCUCAACCUUCUCCCUUAGCCCGGUCGACGCAAACCACUUUGACGAUGGAUGAAGCGACACGCAACAAGCUGCUUAAGAGCUACAAGACUCAAGUAGCCUCGGCGUCAUCCACUGUCUUCGCUACGCUCGCAGUGACUCCCCUGGAAAACGUCAAAACCCGUAUGCAGACACACAACUUUCAAAAUGUAGCUCAGUGUAUCCGCUAUUUGUGGCGUACUGAAGGCCCGCGUGGUUACGUGGCUGGCGCUCUGCCACCUCUUGCAAGCGUUACGGCGGUCAGAGUGAUGAACUUUACCACCUAUGCCUUUGCCAAAAAUAAGGUCUCCGACUUUAUCCAGAGAUUGACCGGGGAGUCGCCUUUGGAAAUCUACGACCAGGAAGGCAGCAGCCCCACUGUUUCUACUGUGGUUACCUUUACCGCUGCUGGUCUUUUUGCAGGACUCGUCAGUUCGCCGGUUGCUUGUCCCUUUGAGCUUGCGAAGAACGUAGUUCAGACCUCGGUCUUGAUGUCCCACCGUUCCCAGGCCUCUAAUAAUGCGCCCAAUGACCCUUCACUGCGUAACAUGCCACGUCUUAGCACUACCGAAGCGUUCCGACAGAUCUACAAGAGAUAUGGUUUCCGCGGACUGUACACCGGAUUCCAUCUUCAUGCCCUGCGCGACACCGUCGGUACCGGCCUGUACUUUGGCGUGUAUGAGACUGUCAAGCAGAUCGCGGAAAGAGAAAUGGGUAAGGGAACAGGAGCGCCCGCGAUUGCUGGUGCAAUCUGCAGCACCAUGCCCUGGUUUUGUACCUACCCGCUUGACACCCGCAAGACUCGCGCUCAGAGUGUGCUGCUUGGCAAGUCCAAGGAAGUCGGGGAGGCGGCCUCGGCUAUGGCGAAGUCCAGCAUCUACAAGGGUUUGUCGAUCAUUUUGAUCCGUACUGCUAUCAACAACAUGAUUCUUCUGAGCAUCUACGAAUACAUGAACAGAAGAAUCGAUAAUCUCGAUGGUUAAAUCAGGAGCAGGAUUGAUGAGCUAAAUGAUUACAUUCCUCAACAGCAAAACCGAGCGGAAUGCUGAAUACAUC